AUGGAGAAACUUCGAAAGUUAGAGGAAGCUGCAAAGGAGGAAAUGGAGAGGCAACAGCAGGAGUUGGAGGCCCAGAGGGAGAAGAUGGAAAACGAGAGGCAACAGAUUGCGGCUACAGAUGUGGAGGGGGUAGCCGGGCAGGGGCUGGGAGGGGACGCGAUUCUUAGCGUGGUUCCAGCGGGCGGGAUUCUUCAAGUGGUUCCGGCGGACCACAGCCAGCGGCCUCUUCAAAUUGUGGAUCUGGCGGGAGAUGUGGAGUCAAUAGAUCUGACAGUCCAGGCUGAUUCAGAGUCCCAACCGCGCUCAAAGAAACCUCGCACAGAUCAAGCAGCGCCCAACGUCAAUGCAGACGCAGACUCUGAAAAUGCUGCAGCGUCAGAGGACGAAGUUGAGGCAAGGCAGGAGAAUCCUGAAGCGGUGUUGGGAGAAGCGGUGGAAGAUGUAGCGGAAAAGGAUACGAUACCCGACGCACUGGGCAAAAUGUGGGGUGUUACCAAGCACUUCAAAAAAUGUGGGCUAUUUGAACGCUCGCGGGUGCGGAAGGAUGGGACGGUGGAGGUGAGAUACUCGUCGGAGCAAACAGUUGGGGGGAAGAAGAGAAACAUGGGGAGUUAUAAGGAGAAAUGGCGCCGUGACUUCACCGUAGCCAUCUGCUGGAUGGCGUACUAUCCGAACACCGACAUGCUUCACUACGGGAUGGAUGCCGUAGAACUUGGGACAUGGGAUCCCUACCUCGAACUCGCGCGUGAAUUGCCAACAGGAGUGUGGAGCGUACUCAACGAAAUGGACCUGGACAAGUUCGAAGACUUCAAAAAUGUCACGGAGAAAAUUCGGGCAUGCGUGGACCGCGGAGAGCAUUGGGAGAUCGCCGUUUGCGUGGGGAUUGGACAGGCCCUCGUCCAUGGCAGCACUGCUGCGGAGUCCCCCCCAACUGGUGUAAAGACCGCGGUCUAUGCAGCAGGGGUUGCAGCAUCUCUCUACACCCUGUGGGCAGCAUCGACCGGCAUUCCGAUACAAGACUGGGCGGAGGGUGCAGCUGCGGCAGCCCGUGGGACACUGGCCCCUCCAAGGCUUGCCAGUCGAGCAGCGUGGAUUUCUCGCAUCGGAAUCAAUGCUCUGGUUCGAGUAAGGGACUGCGUGCAUGGUCGGACCGAGUGGGAAGGGGUUAUUACUGAUGUGAUUGUCGGCAUCCUGGAUCCCGAACCCUCGGAUGACCCGGAGGUUGUUAGCCUGGCGAAAGUGGUUGCUCGGGUGGUGGUGUACUGGAGCGAGUGCAACUUGGCAGCGGCAGGACUUAAAGCGUUUCAAGGGGGUUUGCUCAACUUUCCCCCGGUCUCACGGGGGCAGAAACGGAAGGCGACUGCAGAAGAGAACGCGAAUGCGGCUGGGGAGGCGAGUGCAGGAGGGAACGCGAAUGCGGGAGGGGAGGCGACUACAGGUGGGAACGCGAAUGCGGGAGGGGAGGCGAGUGCCGCAGGGAACGCGAAUGCGGGACGGAACGCGAAUGCGCGGGGGAACGCGAAUGCGCGGGGGAACGCGAAUGCGGGAGGGUCGGCGAAUGCAGGAGGGAACGCGUGA